AUGCGUUUCACUACAGAGCUCCUAGCCGUUGCGCUGGCCCUCGCAGAUAUCACCUCUGCACAAAAUUCGACAUACAAUGCUACUGCAGUUGCUCAGGCUCAACUGAAGGCUGAGCUGGCCAACCUCGAGAAGUUCUGGUCUUAUGGCAGAUCGCCGCCAGUAUACCCUAGUCCCCAGGGAGCAGGCAAAGAUGAGUGGGCUGUUGCCUACGAGAAGGCAAAAACCUUGGUCGCAAGCAUGACCGACUUUGAGAAGAACAACAUUACAUAUGGAUACACUUUCAAGACAAAUGGAUGUGGUGGUAACAGUGGAUCAGCACCAAGAGUUGGCUUCCCUGGUCUCUGUCUCAGUGAUGCCGGAAACGGCCUUCGUGCUACUGACGGUGUCACUGGAUUUGCUUCGGGAGUUCACGUCGGUGCCACAUGGAAUCGUAACCUUGCUUACGAGCGUGCUCACUACAUGGGUGCUGAGUUCAAGGCCAAGGGUGUCAACGUUCUCCUUGGACCCGUCGCUGGACCCCUUGGAAGAGUGGCUGAGGGUGGUCGCAACUGGGAAGGCUUCAGCAACGACCCUUACCUCGCCGGCAGUCUGACUUUCGAGACCGUCAAGGGCAUGCAAAACAACGUCAUCGCUACCAUCAAGCAUCUUAUCGGAAACGAGCAAGAACUUGACCGCAACCCUGCUGGCGUCAACGCCUCAAUGUCUGCAAACAUUGACGACAAGACUCUGCAUGAGUUGUACAUGUGGCCUUUCCAAGAUGCCGUACACGCAGGAGUUGGAUCUGCCAUGUGCUCGUACCAGAGAGUCAACAACUCCUACAGCUGCCAGAACUCCAAGGUUAUGAACGGCCUUUNNUUCGUGUCUGAUUGGGGAGCCCAGCACUCCGGCGUUGCCAGUGCUGAAGCUGGUCUGGAUAUGGCCAUGCCCAGCUCAACCUUCUGGCAGAACGGAAACCUCAGCCAAGCCGUCAACAACGGCUCGCUUUCAUCUACCAGACUCGAUGACAUGGCUACUCGCAUUGUCGCAUCUUGGUACCAUCUCGCCGAGUGGCAAAACCCUGGAUUUGGUAUGCCCAUCAACCUCACUCUUCCUCACGAGUUUGUCAACGCUCGCGAUCCUGCUUCCAAAGUCAGCACCUUCCAGACUGCUGUUGAGGGCCACGUCCUUGUCAAGAACGUGAACAACGCUCUUCCCCUGAAGAAGCCUGGUUUCAUUUCCCUCUUUGGCUACGAUGGUAUUGCUCCUUCGAGCUACACUCCCGACAACGCAGCCGCUUUCACUCUGUCCAACUUUGGCUUCGCCCCUGUAUCUGGUGUCAACGCCAGCGAGCUCUUCAUGCUGUUUGCCAGCCCUUCGUCCAUCACCAAGGGCCUGCCCGGCAUCGCCAUGAACGGAACUAUGGUUACUGGAGGUGGCUCUGGUGCCGCUCAGCCUGCUUACAUUAGUGAUCCCUUCAGCGCCAUCACUGAGCAAGCAAUGCAGGAUGACACUUGGCUCCAGUGGGACUUCCACAGCCAGAACCCUGUUGUCCAGAGAGGAUCCGAAGCAUGCCUUGUCUUCAUCAACGCCUUUGCCAGUGAAUCUUACGACCGCCCUUACCUGGAGGACGAGUACUCUGAUGACCUUGUCAUGAACGUUGCUGCUCAAUGCAACAACACCAUGGUCGUUCUUCACAACGCUGGUAUCCGCACCAUCGACGCCUGGUACUCCAACCCCAACAUCACUGCCAUUGUCUACGCCCAUCUCCCUGGACAGGACUCAGGCAAGGCUUUGGUCGAGGUCCUGUACGGAAAGCAGUCACCCAGUGGUCGCAUGCCCUACACCGUGGCCAAGAAGCCUGCCGACUACGGCAACCUUCUGUCGCACCUCACCCCCGACAACACCAGCAACUACUACACCCAGGACAACUUCACCGAGGGCGUCUACAUUGACUACAAGGCCUUCAUCGCUCAGAACAUCACCCCUCGCUUCGAGUUCGGUUACGGAUUGACUUACACAACCUUCAACUACUCGUCGCUGCAGACCAAGGUGCUCAGCAACGUCAGCACCUCCGAGUUCCCUCCCGGCAACACUAUUGCUCAGGGUGGUGUCACUUCUCUCUGGGACGUCAUCGCCACAGUCGACUGCACCAUCACCAACACUGGCUCAGUCACUGCCUCCGAGGUCGCCCAGCUGUACGUGCACAUCCCUGGUGGCCCUGCCAAGGUCCUCCGUGGAUACAACAAGCAAGGCGUCCAACCCGGCAAGAGCGUCGACUUCCACUUCGAUAUCACCAGACGUGACCUGAGCGAGUGGGAUACCGUCAGCCAGAAAUGGCGUCUGCAACAGGGCAGCUACCCCAUCUAUGUCGGCAAGAGUGUUCUAGACAUCCAGCUCACCGGCAGCUUGAGCAUCUAA